CUUGAAGACAACGUUUCAACAUAAGAAGAUACUCAUCAAGUAGUCAGUCGACUUUAGACGAUAAGUGUCGAUAGACGUUGAAUUCUUCAAUCGUGGAAGUCUGAUCCGAAAAAAUAAAUAAAUAUGAAAAUACCACUGGUGCUGGAAUUCCUAUUAAUAAGCGCACUCAUCGCGUUUGUUUCAUCGAAGCAUGUUAAUAGACGAAUAGCUCGUGUUGAUCCAAUUCUUGAGGUAACUACACUCAAAUCAAAUAUUUCAUCGGCUGAAAAUUCCGUUCGUCAAGAUGAUGUCGUCCAAGAUAUACAAAUUGUUCAAGAGUUGACUGAUUCACAAGAAGCAGCAACCAAUCCAGUUGAAUCGGAGGUUGUUGUUAAUCCAAACAUCGAUUUAAAACCAUUAUCGGAGGAGACCAACGAAAUUGAAGCGAAACCAACAACAGAAAAACCAGUUAAUGAAAAUGAUCCAAAUCCAAUUAAUAAAUACUGUUCGUGCUCGUCAGCAUCGUGUAAAUGUUGUCGCGAUUUUUCAAUUCCGUUGAUUCCAAUCCGUGGACCUGGUUGUGCUACCGUUCGGUAUUUAGAUAACGAUCGUUUAUCGAUUGGAAUUAAAUACGGUGACUUAGUUUUGGCUUCGAGGACAGUUGAUAGCCGUCGCCCAACCCCAAUUUGUCUUCCUUUGCCAGGCGGUUACAAUCGUUUUUGCGGCCGAGUUUAUGGAAUUUCACGUGAAGAUGAAAACUUCAAAGCAUGUUUAGGUUUGGAGCUUCGCGCUGAUGACGAUGUUGAGGCCUCUCUUCGCGUUUCGUGUUUCCAAUUUGGACCAAAAGGUUUAGCCACAAUGGAGGCCGAACCCUUACCUCCAACCCUUACCGACGACGAUGACGACGACGACGAUGACGAUGAUGAUGACGACCCAUUGGGCAUUGGAGAACUUGCCGGAGGAGACGACGAUGAUGAUGAUGACGAUGACGACUCGGAUGAAGCACCGGGUCCAGGUGGAUUUGUUGGUGAUAUUUUAGGUGGAUUUCUAGGUGGUGGCGGUGGUGGUGAUGACGACGAUGACUUUGGUUUGACACGUUUCCUUGGCAGUGCCAGUGAUUUUGUGACAGAUUUCCUGGGUGGCAAUAGUAAUGGAAAGAAAAAGCCAAACGAAAGUAUCAAUAUCGAUCGUAAGAAUGAUGAAAAGAACAAAAAGAAACCUGAUAUCGUAAAAAAGACACCCAAAAACGGGGCAAGUAAAUUGAAAGCCGAUGCAGAUGAAAAAGAAGAAUCAGUUAUUGAAACAAUUGAAGAGACAAUUGAAAAUUUGACGGCAGAUGAUGAGCCAUCGACCGACAGCACCACCGAAAAGGCCGAACCUGAUGACGCCGAACAAGAUGAAGAAAAAGAAGAUUCUGAGAAAGAAUACGAUGAUGAUGAAGACGAAGAUGAUGAUGAAUACAAUGAUUACAAAGAAGACAAAACAGAGACAAGCGAUGUUAAGCCAACAGAAGCAAAACCAAGCAAAAAGAAGAAAGUAACCAGUUCGUUUAAUUUAUUUGGAAGAUUUUUUAAUUUCUUCUCUUAAACAGAAAUAGCAUUCUAGUAUUUAAUGUAAAAAAUGUAUAGUCGCAAUAGAUGUAAAGAAAGGGUCGAGACAUUACUCUACACUUUUUUUAAUUUAAUAAUUUAUUUAUUUAUUUAUUUGAAUAUGUUCGUUCUACUUUUAUAUUUACAAACAACUAGACUGUACAUAAAAAAAGGUUCUUUUAUAUUAAAAAAAAUAAAUAAAGAGAGAAAAUUCGAUAUCAAAA